AUGCAGACCUCCCUAGAAGAGUCAGCCGUUGAGUACCUGGACAGAACAGGAGCUCUACAGAAACUCCUCCAGGACUGUAGAGCUCGAGCUGAGAUAGAGAGUACCCAGGACAAGCCCAGCGCAGUGUUCCGUUUUAUCCUGACUGUGGACCCUGUAGAUCUGGUCAACUUUGACUCCACUCUGGGAAACCUGGUCCUCCAUUACCCCCUGGAUGCUGGGAGAAUCUUCCAAGAUGUUGUGUACUUUUCUAUAAAGGCGUUGGACUUGAUUCCACAGGUGGAGUCUCGCAAUCAGAUCCUGGUCCACCUUUCCAUCCCAACCCUUCCCUCCCUCCCAUCCUACUCACUCAACCUCACCGACUUGUCUUGUCAGGCAGUGCAGCAGAGGUACUUCCAGUUUGAAGGCAUAGUGAGUUCCAUGACCAAUGUGAUACAGUACACCCAAAGUGCGCGGUACCAGUGCCCAGAGUCAGGAUGUGUGGGUUCAGAACCUUACACCUACAUCAGACUGCACACAGCAGGGGCCAGCGAGUCCAGGACUAUCAGACCAGACUUUCAGUGCCAUUACUGUGGAAACACUCUAGAGGAGGACAUCUCAUGUCGAAUCUUGGCAGACAAGAGGGUUGUGAAGAUGCUGGACCCUGCUGCGAUGUCUGGUCUCUCCUGGUCUCCUGAUGAUACAGCAGGCAGGAGACACCAGGCUGUUACUGUGUUCCUCAGGGAGGAACUGGUACAGGGGAUACAGAUGGGAGGGUGCUACACUGUGGUAGGUAUCCCUACAAUAGACAGAUACAGGGGAGAUAUCACCAUGUCUAUCGAGGCAAAUUCUGUAGUUAAACAAGCUGUCCAGCCAUCUUCGACUUUAGUCCUCCCUGAUAGUGUGGCAAGGCUGUACCAGGACAGACUGGGCUCUCCUUACAGCUUUGCAGCCAGCCUGGCCUUUGCAUUUGCAUCAUCAGUGAGCCCUCCAGGCACCUACCACAAGCUAAAAAUGAGCAUGCUGCUAAGCCUGGUGUCAACACAUUCUAAUGACAAGGUUAAAGAGGAGAAAGACAGUGGAGGUCUCCAUGUGAUGGCAGUAGGUAGUGACACCCUGGUGCUGUCCAGACUGCUGACCUACUGUGCUGCCAUGUCCACACAAUGUGUACACCACACUGCAGACAAGCACCUCUUUGCUAAGGUUACUAAAGACACCCAUGGCACUGGGACUUGCAGCAUCGAUGCAGGCUCCCUCCUCCUGAGCCAUGGAGGCUGCUGUUUCCUAGGAGACCUGGGACAGGUGAAGAGAGAUGUCCAGUCUAGUCUGCAGGGGGUCAUGGAGAAGGAAGCUGUCACUGUGCAGAUACCCAAGAAGUAUGGCGACAGUGGAGUACUCCAGAGUUUAGAACUGCCCAUCAGGUGUAGCAUUUGGGCCUACACAGACCCAAACAGCUGCAAGAAGCCAGCUGCAGCUGCAGCUGCAGACCUCUUCCUCCAACAGGAACUAGGCAACAUUUCCAAGACCCUGGCUGACUGCUUCAGUCUGGUGUGCUACACUGACAGUACCAGUGAGGCAGGGGACAUGUAUGCAGAGAGCCUGCUGGUGGAGGACAUUCUGAACUGUGCAACGCUUGAGGAAGAAGACCUGGAGAAUGUUGGUGAGCUUCUUAGUGCAAAGGACAUCAAACAGUUUCUCCAGGUUGCGUGCUGCCUGCAGCCCCAGCUGACCCCCACGGCUGAGUACCUGAUCCAGGGGUACUUUGUCUCCUCACGCAGACUGAGGUCCAACAGCAUCCAGAGCUGCCCCUUCCCUCCCACAGCUCUCAGAACUAUCACUGCUGUAGCUGGGGCUCAUGCAAAACUGAGCCUGAGAACCUAUGUAGCAGAGGAGGAUGCUCUGAUGUCCAUCUACCUGUUUGAGGAAUCUGUGACUUCUAGAUAUGGAUACUCCAUCCUAGGGGUACAGCCCACUCCUCAUUUUAGACAUGGCAACAUCGCACAGUACCUGGGAAAGGAAAAUGACACACAGAUGGAACACUUCCACCUGCAGCUGCUGAGGCUGAUCUCCAGUCAUGCUCAGGACCUCACCAUCAAGCAGCCAGAGGAGUGA